UGUUUGUCCCAGCUCGUUCGCCGUCCAUUUAAAUGGCGUCGCACGGACGAACCGUACGAGCCUAUACAGUCAAUGGUACGAGCCGAUGGUAAAUUAAUACUGGAAGACACCCCUAUGAACCUAUUGGGAAUAUCUAGUCUAAGCCAACGAAAAUGGGAAAUGUACAGGGUCAUGUUUUUGCCUCGGUUUCUGUUUGUUCUGUGUAUUUAAUUUAUGUGCACAUUUACUGUGCUCACAAGGCGUUGAAGACAAACGUCCUAUAUUUCGACAAACUUCCAAGUUUUGUCUACCUGUACGUCAAAUAUUGGUUUAGAUCUCUGACGAGGAGAGAAGGAUGUCUGUACGCAGCACAUGCUACUACAGACAGUCAAGCUGUUUACACUGUCCUCAACUGCAGACUGAAGGCUGCCUUGUUGAGGAGGUUCUGCAGUGUUGCAGGUUAUGGCUGGGAUUAUCCAGACACUGAAUAUAGAGACAUCCCUCUGUGCUGUCCAGUGUUUCUCUGUGGCAGACUGAUACUCAUGUUGCUCACUGAUGAAAAGUUCAGGUUACGUCCAACAGGUCUCAUUUGUGUGCGUCAGAGUCUGAAGACCCUUCAACCGAUUGAUGAGCUGAAGAAGGGUCCAUUCAUGCUGCAGGUUCAAGUCCUGGGCUACCAGCAAACUGAUGCAGGGGUGGAGGUGGACAUCUCUCUGUCAGCCACCUCUCGUUCUGGAUGCCCAGUGUGGGAGAGCGUCCUGACACUGCUGUCCAAAACCAAGCUCCAUAAAUCCAGUAGUUGCUUAUCCAAGAAUGCACUCACGAGCGAAAUGGAAGAAAAUAAUGCAGAAAAUGUGAAGCAGAUAGAGCUCAGAGUCCCCAGGUCUGCUGGCCUGCUGGGCUCCUUCUCCGACUGCUGUCCACAUUGGCUUGUCUCUCUGCCAGCCAUGUUCUUCAGCUUCAGAUCUCAGAGAGCACCGAGUCUCUGGAUGCUGUCUGUCUGCUUGGCUGAAAUAGAAAAGCAUAAAGGGGUUGCGAUCAUAACAGCUCCUGUCACCGUCACUGCCCAGUUUAAGGAGCCUCCGUUGAUCCCAGGAAAAGUCACAAUCAGGUUUUGUGAGGAAACCAAAAAUGCGGACCAGUCUUCUGCCCGAAGCCUGAGCUUCUACAUGACGCAGCGAGGAUGCAGUUUAUCCCACAUGGUGGGACUGAUUUCUAGGUCUUGAUUAACUUUGGGGAUAAUUUAUGUUAUAUUUGUUAUUCCCUCCAAACACGAUAAUGAUAACAAUGCCCAUUUUCUCAGUUGGCCAAUCACCAAUCAAGCCUUUUCACACAUAACUUUAAAUUAUUUUGUAUUUUCAAAGUCAAAUACAGUAUAUUCUCAUGAGACCCCACAAUCCAGGACCCUGAAACUGAAGUAUAUUAAAUGUAGUUCUGUAAUCAUUUGUUUUAUUAUUUAAUACAUGGGCUUUUUCCAUCGUGGCAAAUGUCUGUGAAACAAUUAGACUGUGAGCAGAGCAGAAACCAUCUUCAUCAUUUCUGUGGCGAUUGGGCAGAUCAGACCGUAGUGCAAGGUCUGAACAUACGCUUAAGGUGACAAAUGUACAGUGAAUUGUAUUAUUUUUUUAAUGAGGAAUCAUAAUAUUGAGAUUAAAAAUGUGUUUGCAA